GAAAUUUACUGUUCUUAGAAGAGUGUUUAGCAAACAGAGUGUCAGUUAAUGGGCUGGAUAAGUCAGGAUCUACUGCCUUACACUGGGCUGCUAGCGGUGGCCAUAUUGAAUGUGUUGAGCGAUUGUUGUCUAUUCCUAAUGUUGAAAUCAAUGUACAGAACAAGUUAGAUGACACUCAGUUACAUAAUUCAGCAUGGAAGGGACAUCAUGUCAUAGUAGAGAUGCUGCUUGAUAAAGGAGCAAAUAAAAUGAUACGUAACAAUGAGAACCAGUACCCGUACGACUUGGGAUCAAAGCAUCCUGAAGUUGGAACUCUUUUAAAGACUGUGUCUGGUUAGUUCUUGAGCUAUUACUUUUA